AUGUCAACGUGGAUGUACCAAUUCUGGCUCUUCUCUUUCAAGACUGCGAAACAUUGGGGCCGAGGACCUCAGGACUGGACUGCAGACAUCCUCGGCUUCAAUGAGUAUCAUCAGAAAAGAACGAUAAUGACAUCUUUGCCAGGCACUCCAGAAGGUAGCGUCUCGACCCCAGCGUCAUAUCCAACUCCACAAGAGGGUACAACACCAAAUUCACGAUUGCGAUUGGGAUUGCAGCCCUCAUCGUUAUGCAAAUGGAGCAUUCAUUGCACUCCUGUGAGCUACCAAAAGAUCCCGAGUCCUCCGCCUUCAAUCAACCAAGAACUCGACUUUAAUGACGAGGAAAGUUGGCCGGUAUGGCCGAAUAAUCCUGAAGCCGGCGUUUUCACGGAGAAGCUAAUUGACGGCAUUGAAAAUAAUCAUUUUAGUAGCAUUCAAGCCAACAACCUACCGAUCACUACCGACCAAGUCGCCAGUGCCGCCAGGGGCUCGCCAGAAGAGCUUUUGAAAGAAAGUAUUGGCUUCAGUAUCAUGGGCAGGAAUGAGAGACUUCUAGAGAAACUUUUGAAAGACAAGGUAGACCUUGCAGCUACCGAGCUCUAUCCGUUUCACCUUGCCGUUAGCUAUCUGGAUGGUUCGCAAACGUGCUGUUCCAUAAUUGAAACCAUCUUAGCACUACAACCACUAUCUCUUCGCAAGCUGUUCGUAAACCAUCUUGGACACACCGUACUCGACCAGCUCAUGAUCUGCAUUCUUAAAUCACACACUUCUUGCUUGCCAUUUGUGGUAGAUGACAUCUUUAAAAGGGAUAAGCGCUUCGAGGGAGAGGAUGUCAGCAUCUGUGGACGCUGGGACGCAGAUUCGGACUGUGUUAAGAAUCUCCUCGCACAUGGAGUGGCUGGAAUACCCUUCGAAUGGAAGCACAUGUUUUGUCAUACUUCAUGUCAGACGAUCUGCGAUUGUAUUGGAUCCAUUUUUGGCCCGCCAUGGGGACCAGAUGUCAAUCAUCCAAGUGGGUUGUUCGGAAGGCGCUGCACACAAUGCGGUGCAAAACUUCAACCUCUUCCGUUACAUACAUUGAUUCUAGUUGCACUUCACCUCUCUGUAUCAGGUCGCGAGGGCGAGAAUCUAUUUGGCAUACUUGCUUGUUUGGUUUGUCUUCUGCGAUAUGGAGCUAAUCCUAAUUUAUCUGCAGAAAUAUCCCUGAAAGCUUUGAUAGGCGACGAAGAUGUGAACGGGUGCUCACACCGAGCGUUGGAUCCUCUUCAGCUCGCUGAAGAAUUAUUAAUCAGUCUGAAACCAGCUUGGUCUGAAGAACUUGACAGGGGCUGGCAAAUUCUUUGCAACACACUCAGGCUCGCAAAAGCAGACACGUCGAAUGACAAUCGUUCCAAUAUAGAAAAAAAUGAGAAGGUCGCUGAUGAAUAUGUUGAGUUUUGGGGGACUGGAGAGCGUACCGCAGGCAUUGAGAUGUACCUCACUGGAAAUGAUUCUGGUACUAUUCGCUGCCCUUACCAGGGACAAGAUCAUACCAAACCUUUUGGUGACAGUAAGAUUCUGGGAUCACUCUGGGCCGCCAUACAGACGGAAUUGCUGACGUACAGACGCCUCAAGGAAGGAGAUCCAUGGAUAUCGCCGAACUUUGACAUGCGCGUUGUGGAGCUGGAUCUUAUGACUGGACAAAAGCUUACAAUUCCGCUUCUGCAGAACGGUAUGAUCAGGCCAUUUUGCUGCUGUGGCAAUUUCCCAGGUGCAAUUGCCACAAGCCCAACAGCCACUGAUGCAACGACCUAUCAUUUCUCGAACCUUGAGGAUUGGAAGCGAUCCACCUUCCUAUACAACCAUGAAGAACGAUAUGACUCAUGGUACUACAACCCCCAGGAAGAUGGCGCCCUGGAUGAUGGACUGUAA